GUCAAUUUCUCUUCAGUUCCUCGGAAGAUUAAGACCAAUAUGAGCGAGAGAAGCAGCAGCUGGCCGAGAGACAAGUGAGAAAAAAGAAAAAAAAAAUCAUCCUCAGCUAAACGAAGAGGGAAGGUCGAGAGAAGAGGUAGCUCUGGAAAAGUAUGAUGGACAAGCAACUCGGACGGAUCAGAUAUAACACAAAAGUGAUGAGGACGACGACCUAGCUCUUUCACCUCUGUCCCUUCACCGAAUUGAACUAAUCCCAUCGCUAGUUUACAAAGAGAAAGCAGCUGGCCUUUUUCGCUCUGCUUUCCUUCACUGCUACUACACUCUGAACAAGGAGAGGGGGUGAAAGACGACGACUAGUUCUCGCUUUGGUCUUUUUCAGGGUUGGGAGGAAGAGUUCGAUCGAUCGAGAGAUUAUAAAGAGUUAUUUGGAGAUUAUAAUUUGGAGAAAAUUUGGGACGCAUAGAUACACGGUGAUAGUCUGAUAGACACAACAAGUCUCUCAGAGCUCACGCAUGGCUCCAACAAGUGUGUCGGAUAGCUAACUAGUUUGCCGAUCGAUCAUGGCCAGGAACCAAAACAAGGAGCAGAAGAGGAGAUCGGCAAUAAUUUAGAGCUAGCGAGCGAGGAUCAAUUCGAAGAAGAUGAUGACAUCUUCAUCCGCUCCUUUCUUCAGAGUAGGGGAGGAAGAUGAAUACGGCCAGCACCCUUCGGUGCUGCAGCAACCGUCAUCGGCUGCGCCAGCUAGCUCGUCGGCGACCGUAGCUCCUCAGAAGAAGAAGAGAAACCUCCCUGGAAAACCAAGCAAGUAUCCGGACGCGGAGGUGAUCGCCUUGUCGCCGAAAUCGCUGCUGGCGACGAAUCGCUUCGUGUGCGAAGUGUGCAACAAGGGGUUCCAACGGGAGCAGAACCUGCAGCUCCACCGGCGCGGCCACAACCUGCCGUGGAAGCUGAAGCAGAAGAACCCGAACGAGGUGCGGCGGCGGGUGUACCUAUGCCCGGAGCCCACCUGCGUCCACCACGACCCCUCGCGCGCCCUCGGCGACCUCACCGGCAUCAAGAAGCACUACUGCCGCAAGCACGGCGAGAAGAAGUGGAAGUGCGACAAGUGCUCCAAGCGCUACGCCGUGCACUCCGACUGGAAGGCCCAUUCCAAGAUCUGCGGCACUCGCGAGUACCGCUGCGACUGCGGUACCCUCUUCUCCAGGCGAGACAGUUUCAUCACCCACAGAGCUUUCUGCGAUGCAUUGGCACAGGAGAACGCGAGGCUUCCGGCUCAUGGCUUGAACACCAGCUUUGGCGGCCAGCUAUAUGCAAAUAGAACCUUAAACUUGGGGCUUCCUCAACUCAACCCUACGCAGCUCUCCUCCUUACUCAGGACCACUGCCACCGGUGCCGCUGGAGCUUCACAGUUUGAUCACGUCAACAUGGCCGCGGCCUCUUCCUCCUCCUCCUUCCGGCAGCCGCCGCCGCCGCCGCCGCCGCAGCAGCAGCAGCAGACCCAUCCUAAUUCGGCAUUCUUCCUCGGAGGAAGCUCCUAUAGCCAGCAGGGCUUCAACACCGAAGAGUUGCUCCAAAGCAAGCCCUUCCACGGCAUGAUGCAACUCCAAGAUCUCCAAACAGUAAGUGCAAACAAUGCCGCAACUUCUUCCUCCGCCGCCAACCUGUUCGACCUCGGAUUCUUCUCGGGCAGCGCGGGUAACAUCGACAACGUUAACCACAUGAUGAACAACCACAUUGACACCAACAUGCCUUCUCCUUUCUAUAACCCUUCCCUGCAAGGUGAGCACCAGCAGCAGCAGCAGAUGCCGGCCACCGCGCUGCUCCACAAAGCCGCCCAAAUGGAAUUAGCGACGCCGACGAGCAACUUCCGCCCGAGCUUCUACAUGGGUGGUAGAGAGAGCGGCAGUUCAAGAAGCCAACUGGAGCAGGAGAACCAUUUCCAGGACCUCAUCAACUCGAUUACUAAUGGCAACAGCAGCGGUACUCUAGUGUUCAGUAACGAGCAAAUGGCUGCGUUUGGAGGAUUCAACCCUGCAGGUUUGGAUCAAGAUAGCAAGCUGCACCACAACCUAACUGCAGGAGGACGAGGAGGCAUAACGAGAGACUUUCUGGGAGUCGGCGGCAUGGUGAGGAGCAUGACGACGGCCGGAGGAGUUCACCUCGGCAUUGAGAACAUCAACUCCAUGGACUCGGAGAUGAAGGCUCGAUCAUUUGGUGCUGGAAGAAUUCAGUAAGUAAUUCAAUAAUCAACUGUGCAACUGUAACUGUCUGCAUGAGAGAGAGAGAGAGAGAGAGAGAGAAUGAGAAUGAAGACUAUGCAUGCAAUGUUGAUUAAUUAGCUAGCUAGGUUUGAUUUGUAACUGAUUAAUCAAACUUAGUUACUUAAGACGAAUUAAUUAAGUUACGUUCUUGUAUUGGGAUUAAUUAAAUUAUAUUUGUAGCAAAUAUGUUCACAGUU